AUGUCAAAUACCAGGAAAGCAAAUGCAUUAUAUCGAUUAGUUUCCAAUUAUGUUGUUAAACAACCUGAUAAUCCACAAUCUUCAGAGAAGUUUGAAAAUACUUUAUUAUUAUGUGAAAAAAUUUUAGAUGCUUCUUUUUAUGCUUCUAAAAGUUAUGAUAUUGUUAUUGUUUCAGAUGCUAUAAAAAAGAAAUUACUUCGAGAAAAUUCUACUCCUGAAAAUGCAAUUAGAUUUAUCAAUUUACUUUCUCGUUUACAAACUCAAGACAUACUGGAGAAAAAGGCUGAAAUUUUACAGUUUUUAUAUAGUCUUAGUGAUUUAGCUUAUAUGCCUACCAAAAUAGAGAGUGUUAAAAGCUCGUUUUCUCAUAUGAAUUAUUAUGAAGAUACUGCUGAUUCAGAUGUAUUUUUCUCUGCUAUAUCUUCUGGUUUUACAUCAGCUUUAGAUGUUUCAAAAUCUAAGAAUUUUACACCAAAAUCUCUUCUUUUAAAAGCACCAUUAGUUAUAUCUCAAAAUUAUGAUAUAUCUGAAUCUUUACUUUUGAAAGAUAUCUGUUUUAUUUUGCAAGGAAUAAGUUCUGCGAGCGUAAUAUUUUCUGGUAAUGGCUCAGCAGUUAUAUCUUCAAAAUUUCCUCCCACUAUUGCUUCCUUGUUAAGUUAUAUUGUUGAGCCAGGUUUACUUUAUAAACAGCUUUCUAUUGUUAUUUCAUCUUCUCAAGAUAUAAAAAAUACUAACGGACUUAUUAAACAAAGUUUUUUUUCAUAUUUGGAUCAGGAAUUAUCUGCAUAUUUAAGUUUAGUAUCUGCAUUGGAAGUAGAAAUUCGAAAAGAUCUAUUAUUAUCUGAUGAUCAUUCAGAAAAACGUUCUGUUACUUUAAAAAGAAUUAUUAUAUGGACAAGAGAAGCUUCUAUGGGCCUUCGAUUAAUGACAUUGAUGGUAGAAAAUUGCAAAAAUUUAAAAGGGGGUCAACUUAUUAAUUGUAUUCUUGAGUUUUCUUCUCAUGGAGAUCCUUUUGUUCACGAGUUUGCAGAAAAACUUAUAGAAUCUUUAACAAAGCCAUUUUAUAACAUGCUUAAGAAAUGGAUUUAUGAUGGUGAACUUUUAGAUCCUUUUCAAGAGUUUUUUGUUGUUGAUAAAGGAAUCGAUACUAAAUUAAAAUUAGAAAACUCUAUUAAUAUUGUUUGGGAAGGAAAAUAUGCAUUAGAUUUAAAUAUGUUACCAAACUUUAUAUCUGAAAGUUUAGCUAAAAAAGUUUUUUUAAUUGGAAAAAGUUUAAAUUUUAUACGUUAUGGAUGUGGUGAUGAUGAAUGGGUACAAAAACAUAGUAAAGAUUCAAUGAAAGAUUUGAUUUAUGAUGACAUAGAUCUUCUUGAACGUUCCAUUGAUGCUGCAUAUUUAACCACUUCUUCUCGGUUGAUAGGAUUAAUGUCUACAAGAUUUUCUUUUUUUGAUCAUUUAUAUGCUUUAAAAAAAUAUCUUUUAUUAGGACAAGGAGAUUUUAUAGCUUUUCUUAUGGAAUCUUUAAGUUCAAGUUUAGAUAAACCUGCAAAUAUGUUAUAUAGGCAUAAUCUUACUGCCACUCUAGAAUCUGCAAUAAGAGAGUCUAAUGCUCAGUUUGAUUCUCCAGAUGUAAUUAAACGAUUAGAUGCACGUAUGCUUGAAAGGUCUCAUGGUGAAAUUGGAUGGGAUAUAUUUACUUUAGAAUAUAAAGUUGAUUCUCCUGUCGAUGUAAUCGUUACACCGUAUUGCAGUAGGCAGUAUCUCAAAGUUUUUAAUUUUCUUUGGAGAUUAAAAAGAGUUGAGUUCGCGCUUAGUAAUUCAUGGAAAAAAAGUACAACAGGUGAACGAGAGAUUUUGAGGGCUAUGAAAGGACCUGUAUAUAAACAAUGGCAGUUGGCUAGGUGCACAAAUGCAGAAAUGAUUCAUUUCGUAUGUCAAUUACAAUAUUAUAUUUUAUUUGAGGUUAUCGAAUCAUCAUGGGAUGUGUUUUAUUCUUCUAUUUCAAAGUCUGACUGUACUCUCGAUACAUUGAUUGAAGCACAUGCUCAGUAUACAACAAAUAUAACACAUAAAGGAUUAUUAGGAUCUGGAAAAGUAAGGAAAGAUGAUUCACUUUUAUCACAAUUGCAUGAAAUUCUUAAAGUUAUAUUAUUUUUUAAAGAGACUUUGGAUCAUUUUUAUGGAUAUUCUUUAACAGAAUAUAUUCAACAAUGUCAAGCGUUCAAAAUAAAAGCUAAAACAAUUAAAAGUGAUAUAGAAGUUAGUGAUUAUUCUAAAACAGAAUCGUUAGAUGUUAAAACGGAUAAUCCAGAAUUUAUUAUUGGAAAAUUAAAUAGUCUUGCAAAGGAAUUUCGGGCUUUGGUUAUUAUACUUUUAGGAGACCUUGCAUAUCAAUCAGAUAGUGAAAUGAGAUUUCUUGGUGUUCGUUUAAACUACAAUGAACAUUAUCACACAUCAAAAAGGACAUAUUAG